ACCAGCAGCACCAGUAUCGCUGACACCCAGCACAUAUGCUAGUGAUUUAUGAAGUAGUAAAGACCUAAUUGUGAGAUUUUGGCGAGUUGAGCAACAAUAUUUACUCCCAGGAACAAGUACUGGUGUAGUGAGCGAGGCAUCUGGUAAUACGGCGUAAGAAGUACGAGAUUUCGGAGUGAUGCCACUAUAGAUCUAAUUCCUCCCUGUCCGUGUGAUGCGACAUUUCGAUAACGGGGAGUUCGCGGAUGUAAGGAAAAUCUAUAUCCUGUGAAAUUAUGAGUUUAAAUCAUCUGGAUCCCACAAGUUCGGACGUUUACAUUGAUGAAACAUAAUGUAACUGUGUAAUCAAACGCGAGGCUAAGCGACAAGGUCGAGGAACGAUUUGACAACUCACUCGGGGAGGAGGACUUUUGUCGCCUGGAGGGAAAUAUUUGGGAUAUUGAAAUAUUUAGCUCAAUAAUAUUUGUGAAUAAAUCAAUCAUUACUAUGAUUUGAUUCAAAGCAUUUUUUCGGUGUUUUAAACGACUCAGUUUUGGGAUAUUGAAAGAUUUGGCUAAAUCAUAUUUGUGAAUAAAUCAAUCAUUACUAUGAUUUGAUUCGAAACAUUUUUUUCGGUGUUUUAACACGACUCAGUUUUGCGGGUGUUCGAUUGUAUCUCGGUAUCAAGGUUUCAUUCCUUGAAUGGAUCAAAUAAGCUGGAUAUGUGGAGGUAGUAAGAUGGCAUAAUGUCCAGUCUACCGCAUUACAAUGUCCAGGCCAGAUUUAAAUUCUAUAUGAAUGAAGAUAAUCUCGCUAAGGAAUGGAAGUCCUCAGCCAAAUCUAACACUCAUCAAGCCACGUUCUUAGAGGGAAUUCUUCUAAAAAGCCUGGAGAAAAAUGCUCAGUACUCUUAUGUGGAUUACUCGGUCUUCUUCAGUGGGAUCAAGGACUUCCGAAGACAGUCAGAACAAAAGAACCAUGCCCAGAUGGACAUUCUACGCGUCCACAACCAUAAAUUUUCCAUAGAAGUGUUAGGGAACAGAAUAAUACAACCAGAAUUUUACGAUGAAAUUGAAUGUAUUGUAAGAGAUGGAGUGAAACAGUUACCUCGUACACCAGUCAGCAAGGAUAGCGUGUAUUAUCUGACGUCAUUCCACGCGCUCGAGCAGACGCCAUCAAUGGAGGAGUUGUGGAGCACGUGGAGUGGCGCGAAAUUCAUUCUCUGGAACUGUCCCAGGGUCCUUAAGCUUCGAAGGAUAACUUUUCUCAGGGCAACGAUGCGAACUGAAAAUUUUGCAUACCUGAUCCUCUGUGAGUGUGAAAACGGAAUGGAACACUUAAAUGUGGCCAUGGAUUUCUUUGAGACUCUGAAAACCCGUCGUUGUGGCUUAGUUGGCCUAUACAAAGUUGAGCGUUACUACAUUCCACCCCACCACAAGUCUGAUAAAUAGACAAGUGAUCGAAUUAUUGCAAUCGUUAUCUGUUCCCGUUAUUUGUAAUAAUAUAUAAAUCAUGGUAUAUGUAGUCGUCGACAUUCUUAUUUUAAUUCCAUUUUAUUGAGCAGAUGAUGAUGAUGUUUAUCGUUCACCAUUGAUAUUCUGUACGCCAUAUCAAUUCUGUGAAACAUUUGUAAAAGGUUGUAGUGAUUCACAAUGUUAUUUGUAACCGUUUCACCAUUGCCAAGUUGUUCUCUGUAUAUGUAUAUAUUGAUUAUAUUUCCAUACAACCUUUUUAAGUUUUUAUUAUUAAAUAUACUUAAAAAAAAUAUACAA